UUAGUUUAAUAGGAAUUUCUGCUGUUGGGGAUAAUUCUGAUUUGGAAUAGCCAGAUGGUGACAUGAACUGCUGAACAAAAAGUGUAAAAGGACCAUAUUCCUGUGUGUAGUCGUAUUACUAGUGUCAAUUAUUUUAAUAAUUUAUGAAUGGUAAUUAGGCUUACCAUUGAAGAAGUUAUAUGUAUCAGUAGUUGGGGAAACAACUAAAUGAAACGUUGCUCAAUGAAAACGUAUGACAUACGAUGGAAAAAUGGAUCAGUACCACCGGUUUGCUUCCUGAGUUCAGAAUAUAAAACUUUCAUAAUCUAAAUACUUUUAUGCAUUUUAAUAUAACCGUCGACUGAUUAACAAAAACCAGCGGUCAGUUUUCUUUAUUGCUUUAAGUUUAAAACACCACACUUAGGCUGAUGUUUAGCCACCUACUCUACGUCAUCAAAUGAUGAUUCGCAAACGAAGGACCCACACGCCACAUGCUGUUUACAUGAGACAUAGCUGUGCUACCAGCACCUACUCAGCGAGUUAAGCUUUUGCACCGCGAUUUUAGCGUUUUCCUUGAAACCUUGACGUUCUUAUGAAUCUGUUCUCGUUCCGACAGUGUCGCUUUUAAAUAUGAGUUGUCAGAUAACUUGUGUGGGUUGGGUCAGGCGGGGAGUUUCUAAAGAAUCACCUGAUAAGGUGGAGCUGAGCAAAGAGGAGUUGCAGCGCAUUAUAUCUGAAGCUAAAGACCAGCUACAAGAGCAGGAUGAAGAUGCUGAAGAUACCGAGGAGGAUGAGGGGAUGGCCAGCAGGCAGGAGCAGGGUGAUGUGACUGAGGCUCAGGUGCACCUAACAGAAACCAACGAAAUCCCAGCGGGACAAGAGGAGGAUGACGAGCUGGCAGAGUACGGCCUGGACAGAUAUGAUGAAGAGGACAUAGCCACAGCAAAUCUUGGAGACAGCUUGGCUGGUCUCACGGUGUUUGGCACGAAUGAGGAAGAUCCCUACAUCACCAUCAAAGAUACGGACCAAUACGAAAGGGAAGAUUUUCAUAUUAAGCCUAGUGACAAUCUAAUUGUUGCAGGCAGGGCAGAGAAAGACUGCUGUAACCUGGAAAUCUAUGUAUACAACGCCGAAGAGCAGUCCCUUUAUGUCCACCAUGACAUCUUGCUGCCCGCCUACCCACUUUGUGUCGAGUGGCUAAACUUUGACCCCAGUCCCGAGGAAAGGACCGGGAAUUACGUGGCUGUUGGUACCAUGACGCCCAUCAUCGACAUCUGGGACCUGGACGUGGUGGACUGCCUCGAGCCCGUCUUCUCCCUGGGGAGUAAGAAGCACACCAAGAGGAAGAAGAAAACCAAGAAGGCUGCUGCAGCUGAACCCGUGGAUGGUCAUACUGAUGCAGUUCUGGACCUGUCCUGGAACAGGCUUAUCCGGAACGUUCUGGCCAGUGGCUCUGCAGACAAUACUGUGAUCCUGUGGGACAUGGUAGAAGGCAAACCGGCCUCCACAUUAACUCAGCACAAGGACAAGGUUCAGACUCUGAAAUUCCACCCAUUUGAGGCACAGACGCUGAUUUCUGGAUCAUAUGAUAAGUCGGUUGUCUUGUACGACUGCCGAAGCCCGCAGGAAAACCACCGCACCUGGAGGUUCAGCGGCCAGGUGGAGAGGCUCGUGUGGAAUCACUUCUCGCCCUGCAACUUCCUGGCGAGCACGGAGGAUGGCUUUGUGUACUGCCUGGACGCACGGGCCGACAAGCCGGUUUUCACUCUCCGAGCUCAUGAUGGAGAGGUGUCAGGUCUCGAGCUGAGUAGCCAGGUGAGGGGCUGCUUGGUCACCUGCUCGGCCGACAGGCACGUGAAAAUCUGGGACAUCUUGGGAAACAAACCCUCCCUCGUCCACACACGGGACAUGAAGAUGGGGGUCAUGUUUUGUGCAUCCUGCUCCCCCGAUCUGCCCUUCGUCUACGCGUUUGGGGGGCAGAAGGAAGGUCUCCGUGUCUGGGACAUCGGUGAUGCUGCCGCAGUGGCUGAGACAUUUGGUAAUCGGGAGCGGCUGGUGGUGAAGACGGAGGCGGAGACUGCGGGAGAGCCUAGCAGCACGUCGCGCAUGGAUCUCUCCUAGUGCCCCCCCCCCCCCCCCCCCCCCCCAUCCCAGACACACAGCAUCAUUCUGAAGAUGUGAAAGGUGCUUGGUCUUAACAAAAGGACAAAGCUGCCACCUUUCAGGAGGAUAUGGGUUCUAAUAUCCAUCGUACUUUAUCUAUUUUAUCAAAUAGAUGAUCCUGUUGCAUCUUUUCAAUUGCAAUACAGAUGAAGAAGAUAAACCAAUUAAGUCUGAGUUUUUUUUCCCUCUGUUUGUGUAUUUUCAUGUUCCCUAACUUCAAGGACUGAUAAAGUUUCAUGUUAAAUAAAUAGGAUCAUUAAAAAUGUAUUUUGACAUGGUAAAA